AUGGCAGCAUCCAUGAAACUUUGUCUGAUAAUGAUGUUCAUGGCUAUUGCCACUUCCUCGGUGAAACCAUGUCUUUCAUAUGAAGUUUUUGAUCCAUUUGAGGGUCCUAUCUCUCCCAUGACAAGUUUUGAAAAGCUCUUGACUGAUUGUAUACUUAAGUUGCAUCCACCAUGUGAUAAUCUCUACAUGUUUGGAACAAUAUUUUUCUACAAUGAAACAAUUAGCAAAGAUUGUUGCAGCAACAUUCGUGAAAUGGGAAAACAGUGCCAUGACACAUUAACAACAUAUAUUCUAAACCUUCCAAAAUCUAAAGCCAAAAAAACCCUAAUUCUACAAAGGAGUAAGCAAGUUUGGAAAGAAUGCAACCACCCUUUGCCCCGACAAGUUCAAAAUGUUGCUUCUGAUGCCAAUUCGAUUGAUUGUUCAUCAAAGUUUCAUUCACAGUGUGGUGAAGAGUUAUAUUUUGGGAUAUUUUUUGGGAAUGAUACUGUUAGUAGAGAUUGUUGCCAAAACCUUGUGGUUGAUGUUGGGAAAGAGUGCAAGGAUAUCAUGACAAAACUCGUUUUGAGAUUUCCACGGUUUAAGCAAAACGAAACCCUAGUUUUGCGUAGGAGUGACCAAAUUUGGAAUGAUUGUCUUUCAUUUUUGGUGCAAGAUUGA